AUGUUGCUUCUAGACUAUGGCAACUUGCUCAUAGAGAGCCUGCUCAAGGAUCGCUUUGCGCCCGGAGCAACCCCGACCUCGAUCGAUCAGAUAUCAGGAGAGUUCGACAACACCUCCUUCCACAUCUCUACACCAGAAUCAAAGUCUAAGAUCCUCAUAUCUCUCGCCAUAAAGUGCUACCCGGAACUGGUUAAGUACGGCGCGGAAGAAGUCUUACAGCGAGAGUAUGGUUCUCUCAUCGUUCAGCCGGAGAGUGGAUACGACUUCAGCGUCGGAGUCGAUCUCGAACAGCUACCUGAAAGUGAAGAGGAAAAGACCGAUCUCAUUCGAAGAAUAAGCUUGAUGAAACGCAAUGCCUUAGCCGCACCCUUCGAGCAGGCCUUCGACGAAUUCGCAUCGUUACAGGAGCAAGCACGACAGUACACAUCCGAGUCUGCACCGCAAGGCGUGCGAGAAGGUGGUGAGGUGCGGGCGAUCCACUACCGGGAGGAGGAAGCGAUAUACAUCAAAGCGAGUCAUGAUCGAGUGACUGUCAUCUUCAGUACGAUCUUCCGCGAAGAGACGGAUCGAGUGUACGGCAAGGUCUUCCUUCAGGAGUUCGUGGAUGCUCGGAAACGAGGCGUCCAGAAUGCACCGCAAGUGCUCGCCAGAGACGAUCCGCCAUUGGAGUUGCAAGGCAUACCUGGUAUCAAGGCUGGCAAGGGCGAAGUCACUUACGUCACAUUUGUGCUCUUUCCUCGCCACCUGACCCCACAGAGACGAGCAGAAGUCAUCUCCCACAUUGAGACUUUCCGAGACUACUUCCACUACCACAUUAAAGCAUCGAAAGCGUAUAUCCACUCGAGGAUGCGGCGGCGGACAGCAGACUUCUUGCAGGUACUGCGGAGAGCGAGGCCCGAAGCAGAGGAGAAGGAAAGGAAGACUGCAUCGGGCAGGACAUUCACCGUGAAAGGAUGA